AGAAAGUGCGAGAUGCACGAUUCUUGCGCUCAACGUCCGGUAUCAUCACCGCCGUCAACCCCAUCGACCCUCUCCCCUCUCCGCAGGCCCCGAGCCACCUUCACAUGACCAUGUUGGCUCGAUCAGCACUGCGUAACGCGCGCACCGCCGGCGCUGCAGCCCGCAAUGCUGCCAGCAAGACAGCUUCGCGCUCCGCCUCCACCUCGUCCACCGCCGAGGGAGCUGGCUCUUCCUGGAAGAACAACGCCCUCCCCGCUGGCGCCACCGUCUUCUCGAUCGGUUCCGUCGCAUGGUACCUCCACCUCUACGGAGGUAAUGCCGAUGCUAUGACACCCGCCGAGGAAGGUCUUCACCCCACUAAGUACCCAUGGGAGCAUACCAAGUGGAACAAGACCUUCGACCACCAGGCUCUCCGCCGUGGUUUCCAGGUCUACCGCGAGGUCUGCGCGUCCUGCCACUCCAUCUCCCGUGUUCCUUACCGAUCGCUCGUCGGUAACAUCAUGACCGUCGACGAGGCCAAGGUCCUUGCCGAGGAGAACGAGUACGACACCGAGCCCAACGACCAGGGCGACAUCGAGAAGCGCCCCGGAAAGCUGUCCGACUACAUGCCCGCUCCCUACAAGAACGACGAGGCUGCCCGCGCUGCCAACAACGGUGCUCUGCCCCCGGAUCUAUCGCUCAUGGUCAAGGCCCGCCACGGUGGUGUCGACUACAUCUUCAACCUGUUGACUGGUUACCCCGAGGAGCCUCCUGCGGGUGCUGUUGUUCCGGAGGGUCUCAACUUCAACCCCUACUUCCCCGGAACCGGUAUCGCCAUGGCCCGUGUCCUCUACGACGACCUGGUCGAGUACGAUGAUGGAACACCCGCCUCGACAUCGCAGAUGGCCAAGGACGUUGUCGAGUUCCUCAACUGGACUGCUGAGCCCGAGAUGGAUGACCGCAAGAAGAUGGGCUGGAAGGUCCUGGCCGUCACAAGUGUGUUGUUCACUCUUAGCGUUUGGGUGAAGAGGUACAAGUGGGCACCGCUCAAGUCCCGCAAGAUCCUUUACAGCCCACCCUCCGCGAAGAAGAGCGUUCUCGACUACGUUCCCAAGCCCAACAACCAGGGCAAGACAAACCAAUAGACGUGGCGUAGUUUUGCAUCCGGAGGAGUUGGACGGGACGAGUAGCGGAAGCGUGUGUUCUAUAUCUUGUACAGUGCCAGCUACUUCCAAAAUACGAUUUCUGGAACUUUCUAGCUUAGUGAUACGCUUUAGAAUUCCCAACUAUCUUUCUUUUGUUAGAAACGCCUCAUUGCG